CUCAGUGGUAGUUAUAUACUCCCCAGUGCCCAUAGUGUUAUUAUCUUGUUUAACGUUUUUCUCUCAUCCCUUGCCUUUUUCCUUAGUGUUUGUUUUCAAGUUUUUGUGGUGUUUUUUGUCAAAGGGUGCAAUCUUUAAUUUCUUCAUGGAGGUUUCUAAGAACAGUGGUCUAGAAUAAGGACGAUAAGAAAAAUAAAAAUAAAAAAAUUAUCUUCUUCGUAUUCUCUGCAUCCUUGUUUGUAAAUCCUUAUGUGGUGAGCCUCGGGUUUAUCAUUGACGAAACUGCCAGUCCCCGUAGUGUUAUUUAUUUAAUCUGUUAUGAAGUUUGCGUUUGGUAUUUAAGAAGGUAGAGUUAAGGAUAUUAAAAAUGGACACAAAGGUGAUUUCUUCCGGAGUCCAGCACUCAAAUCUGCCGGAAAGUUACAUCCGACCGGAAUCAGAGAGACCUCGUCUGAGCGAAGUGUCGGAGUGCGAGGAUGUUCCAAUAAUCGAUUUGGGUUGUGAAAAGAGAGGUCAGAUUGUGCAGGAAAUCGGCGAAGCGUGCAGAUCGUUUGGGUUUUUCCAGGUGAUUAAUCACGGGGUGGGUGUAGAAGCGGUGAGGGAAAUGACAGAGGUGGCUCAUGGUUUCUUCAAGUUGCCCGUGGAGGAGAAACUGAAGUUGUACUCAGAAGACCCUUCAAAGACAACAAGACUCUCCACUAGUUUCAAUGUCAGGAAAGAGACUGUCCAUAAUUGGAGGGAUUAUCUCAGACUUCAAUGCUACCCAUUGGACAAAUAUGUGCCUGAAUGGCCUUCUAGUCCUCCCUCUUUCAAGGAGAGCGUGAAAAAGUACUGCGAAGAGGUUCGGGAAUUAGGGUUGAGAAUACAGGAAUACAUAGGAGAGAGUUUGGGGCUGGAGAAAGAUUACAUAAAGAAUGUUUUGGGUGAACAGGGGCAACACAUGGCGGUCAACUACUAUCCACCUUGCCCCCAACCAGAACUCACUUAUGGGUUACCGGGUCACACCGACCCGAAUGCACUCACAAUUCUGCUCCAAGAUCUCCACGUUGCCGGUCUUCAAGUUCUCAAGGACGGAAAAUGGCUCGCCGUUAACCCCCACCCCAAUGCCUUCGUCAUUAACAUCGGUGAUCAACUCCAGGCUUUGAGUAAUGGGCUUUAUAAGAGUGUAUGGCACCGUGCUGUUGUGAAUGUUGAUAAGCCCAGGCUUUCUGUGGCUUCAUUUCUUUGUCCGAACGAUGAGGCUUUGAUUAGCCCUGCAAAACCACUCACGGAAGAUGGAUCUGAAGCCGUAUACAGAGGAUAUACGUAUGCUGAAUAUUAUAAGAAGUUUUGGAGCAGGAACUUAGACCAAGAACACUGUUUGGAACUUUUCAAAAACAAACGCUCAUGAUUUCUGGUGUGUCCAUAUGGCUGCGUGACUGAACUGCUUAUUCUUUUGUGUCAGACGCUCAUCGUGCUCUAUUUGAUUUAUGGUAGGAAGACAGAUGUGUUAUGUAAUAUUCAUAUAUUGAACCUUCCGAAUUUCCUAGUGCUACUCAUCUACUUGGUCUCAUAGAAGUGCCAGGGAAAUGUAUUUUUAAGUUUAGAAUUGUAUUGUCGCCGUUCUC